ACUGGGUCUAAAUUUGUUUCUCCCAAUAAAACCAAUGUACGCUCAGAAGCGUGAAGAGUGAAGGACGAGGUGGGAGAAAGGUAUUCGGGAGCAAGGCAUUAGGGGCUCCCGCAAACACCUGAAAAACCAGAAGUACCAGUCUUCAUCUCUCCAUCUCUGUGCUGCUGCCGCUGGCUGCGCCAUCCCGGACCCAGACUCCAGCGCCAGACAGGGGCCACUGACUCCAGGGCAGGGACGCUGUCCCAGCCACACUGCAAUCAUGACAUCGGAAAAGUCAGGCCUCCCGGACUCAGUUCCACACACUUCUCCACCUCCAUACAAUGCUCCCCAGCCCCCUGCCGAACCUCCCGCCCCGCCCCCACAGGCAGCCCCCUCCUCGCACCAUCACCAUCACCACCACUACCACCAGUCUGGCACCGCCACCCUCCCGCGCUUAGGCGCAGGCGGCCUGACCUCUUCCUCGGCCACAGCUCAACGCGGUCCCUCGUCCUCAGCCACAUUACCCCGGCCCCCCCAACUUCCCCCGCCGCCGCCCGCCGCCGCUGCCCCACCCCCGCCGGCGCCUGCACCGACUGCUCAGGCUCCUGGCUUCGUGGUGCCCACGCACGCGGGGGCGGUGGGCACUUUGCCGCUGGGGGGCUACGUAGCGCCCGGCUACCCACUGCAGCUGCAGCCCUGUACUGCUUACGUGCCGGUCUAUCCGGUGGGCACGCCUUAUGCAGGCGGAACCCCAGGGGGAACUGGAGUGACCUCCACUCUCCCCCCGCCGCCCCAAGGCCCAGGGCUGGCCCUGCUGGAGCCGAGGCGCCCGCCACACGACUAUAUGCCCAUUGCAGUGCUGACCACCAUCUGCUGCUUCUGGCCUACGGGCAUCAUCGCCAUCUUCAAGGCAGUGCAGGUGCGCACGGCCUUGGCCCGCGGAGACAUGGUGUCUGCGGAGAUCGCUUCACGCGAGGCUCGGAACUUCUCCUUCAUCUCCCUGGCGGUGGGCAUCGCAGCCAUGGUGCUCUGUACUAUCCUCACCGUAGUCAUCAUCAUUGCCGCACAGCACCACGAAAACUACUGGGAUCCCUAAAAUCUCCCUCUGCCCAGCCCCACUCUGCGCCCCUCAACCUCCCAGACUCGUUCUGCAGUCAAGCUGCGGACCCAAUAGGCGUCCCGCACACCCGCCUCUGGGGCAGCCGGACUUCCAAACAUCCUAAACUCCGCCUCCACGGAAUCUCUGGCCUUGCGAGCACGCUCCUAAUCCAGUUCCUCAGGAACCCCUUCAAAACCCACAACCCCAGGGACGCUGCUUCCCGGGAUCCCUGCUACAAAUCGGGCUCCAAUACCCCAUCCCAUCAAAGUGCAGCGCCCCCAGCCGUGCUCCCUGUGCUCCCCAGCCUGGAAUCUUGUCUCCGAAGUCCCACCUCCUUUAUAGGCUCCACCCCAGCUCUGACAAAACCCCGCCUUCAGGUCGGCAGGCUCCGCCUUCUUUUCCGUCUCUACGGGGCGAUUCAGUCAGGUGAUUGGGUUUGUGGCUUUAGGCCUAGCCCACUGACAAACAGACUCUUCCCCUUUUUCUGGCCAGAGGGCUGC